GGAUGCUGCGAGAGCGGCCGCACUGGUUACGGCGAGCCGCGGCCAGCCAUGAAGCCGCCCAUUUCAAUACAGGCAAGUGAGUUUGAUUCUUCAGACGAAGAGCCUAUUGAAGAUGAACAGACUCCAAUUCAAAUCUCAUGGCUACCUCUGUCACGAGUGAAUUGCUCACAGUUUCUCGGUUUAUGUGCUCUUCCAGGUUGUAAAUUUAAAGAUGUUAGAAGAAACAUUCACAAAGAUACAGAGGAACUAAAGAGCUACGGGAUCCAAGACGUAUUUGUUUUCUGCACCAGAGGGGAGCUGUCAAAAUAUCGAGUCCCAAACCUUCUGGACCUCUACCAACAGUCUGGAAUUGUCACCCAUCACCACCCAAUUCCAGAUGGAGGGACUCCUGACAUCGGCAGCUGCUGGGAAAUCAUGGAGGAGCUGGCCACCUGCCUGAAAAACCACCGGAAAACCCUGAUACACUGCUAUGGAGGACUUGGAAGAUCCUGUCUUGUAGCUGCUUGUCUCCUCCUAUACUUGUCUGACUCAGUAUCACCACAGCAAGCCAUAGACAGCCUUCGAGAUGUCAGGGGAUCUGGGGCCAUACAGACCAUCAAGCAAUAUAAUUAUCUUCAUGAGUUCCGGGAUAAAUUAGCUACAUAUCUAUCAUCAAGAGAUUCACUAUCAAGAUCUGUGUCCAGAUAAUGAAGAUGUCAAAUACAUGCCUACAUGUGAAGUUCCCAAGUUCUCUAGCAUAAUUUGUAUUGAAGCAAAACUACUAGUGCUACCAUCCUGAAUAUAAAUGUUAUGUGUGGAUCCUCCAA